UCUUUUCUGGUAAUUUUUUAUUUUAUUUUAUUAUUGCCAAUCUAAUUGGCUAAUGAAUGGCACAUCACACUGUACGGACAUUAAAUAACACUGUUUAAAGGAGGUUCCACUUAGUCAAUUUUCUUAUAUGAUCGGUCAGUAUAACUUACACGAGAAUGCUUGAAUGACUGGGCUGCAGAAGCGCAUGAUUGCCUGUAAAUACACACAGAAACGCACCACACCUUCUUGUGCUCAUCACAGAUAGAUAGCCUUCUUGCACCUUUGCUAGAUCAGUGGAUCACCGCUCCAUUGCCUUCCUUUUCUUAGUUAGUUUAGAUAAUUUGAUCUUGUGACUUUGCUUAGGUUGUGGGAGUUGUUAGUAACUUUUGCUUUUUUUUUUUAAUUAUUAUUCUUGCAGUUUCAAACAAAGUGAGUGACAGAUGACAAGCUCAACAGUACCUUUUCCAUCUGCCCCAAAAGGCUAUGGAUUCCAUCCAACCGAUGAAGAAUUAAUCAACCAUUUCCUGAAGUUAAAAAUGAUGGGUGGCUAUGAUCACGAAGUCGCCAUAAUUGCCGAGGUUAAUGUGUGCAAUUCUGAGCCUUGGGAACUGCCUGAAAUUCAGUCAAAUGAUACAGUGUGGUACUUCUUUUCUCCUCGCAAUUACAGGGACUCCAAUCGUAAGCAGGCUAAAAGGACUACUAAGGCAGGAUACUGGAAACUCACUGGUAAUGAUCGCAUAAUCAGGGCUAUGAGCACAGGGGAGGAAAUUGCUAAAAAAAAGUCUCUGGUUUUCUAUAAGGGUCGUGUUCCUAAUGGAGUCAGGACCAAUUGGAUCAUGCAUGAAUAUAAUCCGACUUUCAACUUCCAUAACCAGAUCUUAGAACCAGCCUUUUCUUCUGUACCUGGUUUAUGUUUUUUGGUCAACUAUGUGCAGAAGGACUUCGUUCUCUGCAAACUGAAGAAAAAUUCAGAUGAUAAGCUAACAUAUGAAGAAGGUGGAUCAAGUUCCAAUAUGGCUUCUGAUUUUCCAAACAAUGUGACUGAGGAAGAUUUUCUGGAAGCAUUCCUCGGAGUUGAUGAAGGAUAUUAUAAUUGAACUCUGCCCAAUAGCUUACAAAUGGGAUUGUGUACCGAGAAAAUCCCCCUCCGACAACGAGUUUUCGAUCAUCUAUAUCUGUCUACCUUUGCUAUAUAGUGCUUACUGUAGCCAACUUUAUGUUCUUAAAUAAGUUACUAUUUUGGUACUUGUAUGUAUGUGUUAAACGUGGGACUCGUCAGAGUUCAUAUGUAUUGUGUGUAGCAGAUAAGCCAUAGGAACAAAUUACCUCUAGUUGUUCUUCAUGGUGUUUCUCCUUGCUUGUUUUGCUAGAGUGGAAUUUAAUGCAUUUGAAGUAUGUUCAGCUAA